AUGAAUAAACAUCACAGAUUUCAGUUUUACAUAUCUUUGUUAUUGCGCCAUCGGAUCUUGACGGUUCAGCAUGGCGAGGCUAUCUGGAGGUCUAUUCCCUGCGAUGUUCCAUAUCCACCUGUCACCUACUCCAUCUGCCUCAACGGUAAAAUCUAUUACGGUGCAGUGCAAAAGUCCAAUUGUAUUGUGGUUUGCGUUGAUUUGACCUCGGAGUCGCUCUUUACUAAAGUGUUGCCUCUGGAGUUUCCACUUUUGUCUCUUACCACCAAACUGACCAGUUUUGAUGGUCAGCCAUCUUUCACUAACGAUGCUGGAUUUGAUUUAAACCAUACGGGAGAGUUUAAACUUUGUCUAAUGGAUAAAGUUUCUCUCGAGUGGGUUGUUAAAGGCAUUCAUGUAACAGAUUGGAAACAAAGGGUUUCUACCCCCUUUUCCUUCCUAGGAACUAUACCUAGCGGCGAACUGGUUUUCGCCCGUGAUGUUCUUGAAGGUGGUCGGCAAGUGUUGCUCUAUUACAACCGCGACAACGAAACCUUAUACCGAUACGAGAUUUAA